CAAAAACAAAAGCAAAAAGUUCAAUUUUUCCUCAGGCAACUUUGGUUCAUAGUAUAGGAUUAUUUAUGAAUAAACAAAACGUUCAUAUGCACAGCAUCCAAGAAAGUGGCUUCUUCAGCUUAUUAAAUGCAGGUCUCUCUCUCCUCUCUCAGUUUUGAGCUUGGUUUGUACCCUUUAGCUUAGCUAACACAAUUCUUGUACUCUUGUUUCUUCUUUGGUUGGUACUUGAAGAAGCAAAUGGGUAGUUGUUUUCGGUGAAAAUAAGGACUUUAAUUUUGUCUAAUUCUUGAACGAGGAGGGUAAUGCUCAAAAUGGACAGAUUCUUGGUGAUGGUGGGGGUAGUAUUUUUAGGGAUUUUUGUGGGUUGUGGUUGGUCUCAAGAGAAUGCUGCAAUGUAUAUUGUGACUCUGAAACAAGCUCCAAUUUCUCAAGAACUCAAGUUGACCAGAAAUGCUGGUUCAGGAACACUUAGUAGAUUCCACAAACCAAGCAAUAUUUCACAUAUAGAUCUCAUGAAUGGUUCCUACGUUUCUCAACUGCAUGAUUCUUUAUUGAGGAGGGUGUUAAGAGGAGAAAAGUAUCUAAAAGUAUACAGCUACCAUUACUUGAUCAAUGGAUUUGCUGUGCUUGUAACACCCCAGCAGGCAUUCAAGCUUGCAAGGAGGAGAGAGGUGUCGAAUAUUGCUUUGGAUUUCUCAGUCAGGACUGCUACCACACACACACCAGAGUUUCUAGGUCUACCUCACGGGGCAUGGGCUGAAGAAGGUGGAUAUGAAACCGCCGGGGAAGGCGUUGUAAUUGGUUUCAUUGAUACUGGAAUUGAUCCUACACACCCCAGCUUCAAUGAUAAGAAAACAUAUCCUGUUCCUGAGCACUUCUCUGGCAUUUGUGAGGUCACUCUUGAUUUUCCAUCCGGAUCUUGCAACAGGAAGCUUGUUGGUGCCCGUCAUUUUGCAGCAUCUGCUAUAACCAGGGGGAUAUUUAAUGCAACUAAGGACUAUGCUUCUCCUUUUGAUGGUGAUGGUCAUGGAACGCAUACAGCUUCCAUUGCAGCAGGGAACCAUGGGAUCCCCGUUAUUGUAGCUGGACAUAACUUUGGAAAUGCUAGUGGAAUGGCUCCUCAUUCACACAUUGCAGUUUACAAGGCAUUAUACAAGAGUUUCGGUGGCUUUGCUGCAGAUGUCGUUGCUGCGAUAGACCAGGCAGCCCAGGAUGGCGUGGAUAUAAUCAAUUUAUCAAUCACUCCAAACAGGCGUCCUCCUGGUUUGGCAACUUUCUUUAAUCCGAUAGACAUGGCCUUGCUGUCAGCCGUAAAAGCUGGCAUAUUUGUGGUACAAGCAGCUGGCAAUACUGGACCAUCACCUAAGAGUGUUGCUUCCUUCAGCCCAUGGAUCUUCAGUGUUGGUGCUUCAACCCAUGACAGGGUUUACAGUAACUCUAUAGUGCUGGGCAACAACAUCACCAUAUCUGGAGUUGGAUUUGCACCUGGAACAGAUGACAUGUACACAUUGGUUUCUGCAAUUCAUGCUUUGAAUGACACAGCUGCUAAAGAUAUGUAUGUUAGUGAAUGCCAAGAUGCGAGUAAGUUCAAUCAAACACUCAUUCAAGGGAAUCUUUUGAUUUGUAGCUACUCCAUCCGGUUUGUGCUUGGACUUUCCACCAUCGAACAGGCCUCAGAAACUGCUAAGAACCUUAGUGCAGCUGGAGUUGUAUUCGCCAUGGAUCCUUUUGUUAUCACCUUUCAACUUAAUCCAGUUCCAAUGAGAUUGCCUGGAAUUAUAAUCCCUUCUCAAGAUGAUUCAAAAAUUUUACUUCAGUACUACAAUUCUUCUCUUGAGAAAGAUGAAACUACAACAAAAAUUGUCAAGUUCGGGGGAGUUGCCUGUAUUUUGGGGGGAAUAAAAGCAAAUUUCAGCUUAUCUGCUCCGAAGGUUAUGUAUUAUUCUGCGAGGGGACCAGACCCAGAAGACAGUUCUGUUGAUAAUGCAGACAUAUUGAAACCCAACCUAGUUGCUCCAGGAAAUUCUAUAUGGGCUGCUUGGAGUUCCUGUGGUGCUGAAUCAAUUGAAUUUCAAGGGGAAAACUUUGCAAUGAUGUCUGGUACAAGCAUGGCUGCCCCUCAUAUUGCUGGUUUAGCAGCCUUGAUCAAGCAAAAAUUUCCCACCUUUAGUCCUGCUGCAAUUGGAUCUGCACUUUCUACGACAGCCUCUCUCCAUAAUAAAUAUGGGGGCUCUAUACUAGCCCAGCGCGCAUAUGCUAACCCAGAUACGAAUCAGUCUCCUGCAACACCUUUUGACAUGGGAAGCGGAUUCGUGAAUGCUACUGCAGCGCUGGAUCCAGGCCUUAUUUUAUAUACAAGUAAAUCAAUGAGAUUUAAACAUGGCUUAGCAGAAAAAUCUAAGAAUCAGAUUGACGAGACUAAAAUUGCAAUGGAAUUACAUCAAAAUUGUCUGAAGAAAAAAUCUGCUCUGGACCUGGAGUCGCUGUCACGGGGCUUGGAGGGCUCAAUGUUGGCGGCGGAGCUAAUGUAACCGCGGCGGCGGCAAGGAAACCACUGUAUCUGGUGGCGGUGGCGCUAAAUUAGGGCUAGGAUUAUCAGUAGGUGGUGGUGGUGGUAAGUUAGGAUUUGGAUUAUUAUUAGGCUGUGAAGGAGUAGAAAUUGGCAAUGGUGAUAUUGCUGAAAUUGGCAACUAUUGGGUUUUCAUACUGAAUUUGUUCACAAGAAUUAUCGGAACACUAUAGUUUUGUUCACUCACUGUCCAGAAUUUCUUGCUCGCCGGAAAACAUGGAGCUGCCCCGGAGAAGAGAGAUGGACGAGUGCUGGGUUUGGGAAUUAGGAUUUCGGUUUAUUUUAGUUAGUUGGUCGGGUUUAAUUGGGUGGGCGGGUUAAACUAUUUUAAAUGGGUGAUCAUAUUUAAAUUGGGAGAAAAAGAAAUCCACAUAGACGCCAUGUAGGAAAAUAAAGGCGGGACAUGGGGAUUUAACGGAUGAGGGGCAAAUAUGAUCCUAAAGUAUGACGGUAAGGGUAAAUAUAUCAAAAAAGUAUAACGAAGGGCAAGUAUAACCCUUUUUGAAGAGUACAGGGGCAAAUAUGACCCUUUUCCGUAUUAUUUUUCUCCAUAUUGUCUCUGUCUACGCCUCCUGUUUCCAUGAGGAAACUUAAAAUUAUGGCAUGCGGGAGUCUCUUCCAACCUCUAUAUAAGACGAAACCUUCUUAGUCCCUGAAGUUUAGAAUCAAAUCUUGUAUAAAUAACAUUUUUGUAAUGAUAUGAAUGUUCUCAAAUUGAUCUUUAUGCAAGUGUAGGGUGUUAAGAAUCGAGACGUGUUUACUAUAAAGUUUAAAGUUUCUUGGUACAAAGACUAGGCAAGGCAAUCCAUUUGGCAAGGAGUGCCAUUGGGAGCUAGGUCAGGCAAACCCUCUCUGGGAAGUUUUUGCAUCUUUAGUUCAAACUAUAAUUUGCUUAUUUUGUUGAUUACUUCUCAUUAUACUGCAAUUCUUGCCCUACAUUAGUUCAAAUUUGAUGUUCUCUAAAAUAAGAUUUGGUUCAUUUAAAGGACUACGUGAGUGGUUUGAUUGAAAUGAGAAUUGAGAGUAGUUCACCGCAGAGUUAAUCACUAAAAUUGGUCUGAGAACAGUUCACCGCAGAGUUAAUCACUA